GUCAGAAUUUCUGUCUUCUAGCUUCUUUCGUCUAGAAAUUCUCCAAUCAAACCAGAUAAUCUGUGAAUCUAGCAAAGACCCACUUACAUUUCCUUCGAACUAUAGCAAACCCAUGUCUCAAUUUUCCCUCUUAUCACCUUUAUGAACACCGAAGCCCUCUCUUUAUAGGCCUAUUUUCCCUCUACUUCUGUCGGCCUUUCCAGGAAAAUCAAAUAUCCAUGGCUGCUGCUUUGAGAACAAAAUCAUCCAAAGAUGCAGCUUCUUUCACAGUCUCUCAGUUCAGAUACUUUAUAUUCAACCACAUGCACGCUGGUCGUAUGGUGACUGUUCAUUCCAAUUACAUACCCAAAUGGGACAACUUCUUUACUAACACCCCCCACCAUUUCACCUCAUUCAAGCCCGUCUCACUUCGCGGUGAAUUCGUCGAUAAGGGUGCCAGGUUAUUAGAUUGUCAAAAUUCUUCGCCUAGUUUGGGCAAGAAUCGGAAGGAAUCGAGAUAUGUUUACAAUAUUUUGAGUUCCUAUGGGGAUCCCCCUGAGGUUUGGCAGCCUCCUGGGGUUGGUGUUGCUGUCCGGCCAGGGAGUUCUGAUGUGAAAUUGAAUCGGGUGAACGAAGGAGGCGGUGGAGGCACUGGUUCGGGAGGCGGGUUCGGCUCGAAUUCGAAAGAAGGGUGUUGGGGAGGAUCCAAUUUGGGUGAUAAUUUUCCCACACCCAAAGAGAUCUGUAAAGGGCUUGACAAGUUUGUAGUUGGACAGGACAGGGCAAAGAAGGUGCUCUCUGUGGCCGUAUAUAAUCACUACAAGAGGAUCUCUAACGACUCUUCACAGAAGUGGUCUGCAGGAGAUUCAGUCAACAGCAACAUGGAUUCCAUGGAUAAUGAUUUCGUGGAACUAGAGAAAAGUAACGUUCUUCUAAUGGGGCCAACGGGUUCAGGGAAAACAUUACUUGCCAAAACCUUGGCACGAUUGGUGAAUGUCCCCUUUGUUAUUGCAGAUGCCACUACACUUACUCAGGCAAGAUAUGUUGGGGAAGAUGUGGAGUCCAUAUUGUACAAGCUCCUCACGGUAGCUGAUUAUAACGUGGCAGCUGCCCAGCAAGGCAUUGUAUACAUUGAUGAAGUCGACAAAAUUACAAAGAAGGCUGAGAGCCUCAAUAUUAGCAGAGAUGUAUCUGGGGAGGGUGUCCAGCAGGCAUUACUAAAAAUGCUGGAAGGAACGCUAGUCAAUGUCCCAGAGAAGGGAGCUAGAAAGCACCCUAGAGGUGACAAUAUUCAGAUCGACACAAAGGAUAUUCUUUUUAUAUGUGGGGGUGCCUUUAUUGACUUGGAGAAAACGAUUUCAGAGAGGCGCCAAGAUUCUUCUAUUGGGUUUGGUGCACCAGUACGUGCAAAAAUGAGGACUGGAGGUGUUACAAGUGCUGCUGUAGCAUCAUCAUUAUUGGAAACUGUUGAGAGUAGUGAUCUUAUUGCAUAUGGUUUGAUACCUGAAUUUGUUGGAAGAUUUCCCAUCCUUGUUAGUUUGUCGGCUCUCACUGAGAAUCAACUCGUGCAGGUACUAACAGAGCCAAAAAAUGCCCUAGGGAAGCAGUACAAAAAGAUGUUUCAAAUGAAUGGGGUAAAGCUGCAUUUCACAGAAAAUGCUUUGGGAUCAAUUGCUAAGAAAGCAAUAUCAAAGAAUACCGGGGCCCGGGGCUUAAGAUCCCUUUUAGAGAAUAUUUUGAUGGAUGCUAUGUAUGAGAUUCCGGAUGAGAGAACAGGCGAUGAUAUAAUAGAUGGUGUAGUAGUUGAUGUGGAGGCUGUUGAAUCCGAGGGACGUGGGUCUGGAGCUAAAAUCCUUUAUGGCAAGGAUGCAUUGGACCGCCAUCUUUCACAACAUAAGCAGAAAGAUUUAGAGGUGCAUAUGACUAAUAAGCCAAAUACAACUGUGGAGACGUCUGAUGGAGAUUCUGAGGUGGAACCGGAGCUUCCCUCCAUAGUCGCAUUGUAACUUAUUCAUGAGGUUUAUUUCUGGUCUGACCCAUGUACAGUAGAUAAAUUAAAAUGGAAACAUUAAUUGAAUAAAUUAAAUAUGCAAUCAUUCUAUAAUUGUUGUACUUUCAGCUUUCUGAUUAAAUUGUGCAGUGACCGUCUUGUCCGAAAAAAUGUAAACUUCAGACGUCGAUUCUGAAUCUUUAAUGACACCUUUCUCACGUCC